AUGGACCCCGCGUCUGGGGCCGGGGACCUGGAGACCGCCCGGCUGGUGAGCGCCCGGGGCAGCCGCAGCACCGGCACCCGGAGCCUCAAGAGUCUCUUCACAGGCUCCCAGGAGUCCUUCCCCGGCCUGCCUCCAGAGAUCAGCCCUGUGGCUCCAUCCCUGGAGCUGGAACGGCGCCUGGCCAGGCACUGCCACGGCAGCCCCCCCGCCCCUAGCCAGAGCCAUGCAGAGCUGCAGGCCUGCCAGAAGCUGGGCAUCGCCUGCGCCAUCUGCUUCGUCUUCAUGAUCGGCGAGGUCGUCGGCGGGUACCUGGCGCACAGCCUGGCCAUCAUGACUGAUGCUGCCCACCUGCUGGCAGACAUGGGCAGCAUGUCGGUCAGCCUCUUCUCCCUGUGGGUCUCCGCCAGGCCGCCCACCAAGACCAUGACCUUCGGCUGGCACCGCUCAGAGAUGCUGGGUGCCCUGGCCUCAGUGCUGUCCAUCUGGGUCGUGACCGGAGUCCUGGUGUACCUGGCCUCAGCCCGCAUCAUCAGCAACGACUACGAGAUCAAUGCACGUGCCAUGCUGGUCACCUCCGCCUGCGCCGUGGGCGUCAACAUCAUCAUGGCCUACAUCCUGCACCAGUCGGUCACAGGCCACGGUCACACCCAGGGCUAUGAGAAGAUGAAGGAGAGUCCUGGCUGCUGUGCGCCCCCCGGGGACCACCUGCCCGGCAGCACCAGCGUGCGCGCCGCCUUCGUGCAUGUGGUGGGGGACCUGCUGCAAAGCCUCGGGGUGCUGACAGCUGCCACCGUCAUCUACAUGGAGCCCCAGUACAAAAUCGCAGACCCCGUCAGCACCUUCCUCUUCUCCGUCUUCGUGCUGGGCUCCACCGUCUCCAUCCUCAGGGACGUCUUCCGGGUGCUCAUGGAAGCCUGCAGAGCGGUGGGCCGAGGCUGCUGCACUUCUCCAUGGGAGUAGGGGACUAUUAACAAAACUUUGGCUAAUAAUGGCCCGCUUGUAGUUUGAGCACCAUCCUGGGUGGGUCCGUUCCUGUGGCUGGCGUCACAUGGUCAGAACGACCAUUGCCAGGGAGAGUCAUGCAGCCUGUUAGGGAGUAAACCCACACCUCCUCGUCAGUCUGACCCUGCUGUGAGCCACACUCACCUACAGGGAGCCAGUCUAGGGCGCCGGCUACAAGUUUGUCGGUUCUUAGCUAAUGCCUGCAGUUGUGGUACCAGGUCUACCAGCAUCAGCGUCACCCUUCACUGGGGCCUCUCUCACCCCUGGGCAGGGCAAACCCGUCUGGCCCUCGCCCUGCCCAGGUCUCCCCGCGCUCAGCUGGGCUCUUAGCCACCACAGGGCUCAACUCUGCCUCUGCUCCCCAGCGAUGGCAGGCUGGGCUGGUGUAACGCCGCCGGACCCUGGUUGGCGGUGAGCAGGAUUG